AAGUUUAAUUUACUAGAAAAAUAUUUCUCAAAAGUUUGAUAGAUUCAGCCAUAUACAAUACAAGACCUUGCAAGACCUUACCAGGCUGGUGGUCUGUCCAGCACAAAUGUCCAAAACCAGAGGAAUCAGCACAAAAGGAGGCUCCAAGCACACAAGAUCCAAAUAUGCCAUCUGGGCUCCACGCUCCUGCUCUUUCCCUCCUCCACCAUGGAUCUUACUUGGCGCAAUCCCAUUGGCUCCCUGGAUUUUCCUCCUCUCACUCUUGCUCCAGCAGCAAAAUCCAUUGCUGAGCUCUGCUCUGCAGUUUGCUCCCUCCCUCAAAAACCUACACAAAAUCCCCAGAAAAGAAAAUUUAUAACCAAAAAGACACAAUAGAAGAAAAAUCAAGUGAAGGUCAAAAAUGGCAGAUGUUGGCCUAUCCACUGCUUUCUCUCCUCUCAGAGGUCCUUGGAUAGCCGUGAGGAUCAGGCAGCGCUGCAAGCCCGCAGGAGUCAGCCUCUCCCCAAGGAGGAGGAGAACCUCCUGCGCGGCCGCCGCCAUCCGCGCCGAGGUGAGCUUCGUGGAGGCCGACGAGGCGAAGAGGCUCGUCGCCGAGGAGGGUUUCACGGUGCUGGACAUCAGGGACAGGACGCAGCGCGAGAGGGCGUACAUCAAGUCCUCCACCCACGUGCCCCUCUUCAUCGAGAACCAGGACAACGACAUUGGUAUGGGAACAACUGCCUGCAUUUCUUGCAAGAAAUGCUAUGCUUUGAAGUUUGAAUUGUGGCCCUGGGUUCUCAAACUUGUGGCGGCAGUGUUAAGAACAUUUUCUUUAAUUUUGUUUUGUUGUCAAGGGACGAUCGUGAAGCGUCAGGUGCACAACAACUUUGCCGGGCUCUUCUUCGGGCUGCCCUUCACCAAGCUCAACCCGGACUUCACCAAGGCGGUGAAGGAGAAGUUCUCACCGGAGAGCAAGCUGCUGGUAGUCUGCCAGGAAGGGCUCAGGUCAGCAGCAGCUGCAGAUGCACUGGAGAGAGAAGGCUUCCAAAAUAUUGCAUGCAUCACAUCAGGUCUUCAGACAGUGAAGCCAGGAACGUUUGAAUCUGUUGGGAAAAGUGAGCUGCAAAAUGCAGCGAAAGCCGGCCUUGUAACCAUACAAGGGAAGAUUUCAGUAGUUCUCGGGACUGUUUUGAUCAGUGCCUACCUUUUUAUAACAUUUUUCCCGGACCAAGCAGAGAAGCUCUUUGACUUGGCUGGCAUCAGUUUGUGAUCAAAACUGAUGUCAUUUCCAUUCAUAUUGGUGCUCCAAUUGGAGGGUCCAUGUUUCCGUAAUCAGAAUAACUGUAUCAUCAAGUCGACUUACUCAGAUGUUCAUACCAAGAAGGAAGUUUGGUUCAAUGUGUAUUAUAUAGGGAAUUUUCGACAAAUCAGUGCAUAUAUUCUCCGAAGCAUCCCUUUUCUUCCAUGUACCUCCUAUUUCCAUUCUAUGCUAGAUUCAUGGAAGUAUUUAGGCCUCCGCAGAUAUUAUUCAAGAUUUCUAAUAGGGGUUUUCUAUCCAUCUUGUCAUGCUCAUCCUCUGCAGAACAUUGAUCCCAAAAGGCUGUAGAACUUGAUACCAAUUGCAGUUGUAGAUGAAAUGAUUGUCUUGCGUAAUGACCUAAUAGCAGAGCCUGAAUACACCAUUUCUUUGUUAUCUUCA